GAGCUAGCAGCCCGGGCACUGCAGAGGAGCUCACAGCUCAGGACCUGUGGAGAAGUAAGACUCUGAUCUAUUCUGCUUCAUAUGCUGUUAGGCUGAGUGUGUUCCGGGAAAAGGUGGAAAGAAGGAGAAUGACCUAGGAGCAUCAGAGCAAGCUGUCCCAGCAACUGAACCCUUCAAAAUUUAGCCUCCAUGUACUCAGAGAUCCAGAGGGAACGGGCUGACAUUGAGGGACUCAUGGCCCGGCCAGAGUACAGAGACUGGAAUUCAGAACUCAUCAAACCCAAGAAGCUACUGAACCCUGUGAAGGCCUCUCGAAGCCAUCAGGAGCUGCACCGUGAGCUGCUUAUGAACCAUAAAAGGGGCCUGGGUAUGGACAGCAAGCCUGAGCUGCAGCGAGUCCUGGAGCACCGUCGCAGGAAUCAGCUGAUCAAAAAGAAGGAAGAGGAGCUGGAGGCCAAGCGGAUGCAGUGCCCCUUCAAACAGGAGCUGCUGAGACGGCAGCAGAGACUGAACCAGCUGGAAAACCCACCACAGAAAGACGUGGACCCAUCCCCUGAGUUCAUCAAAGUCCGGGAAAACCUGCGCAGAAUCACCACACUGACCAGCGAAGAGAGAACACUGUAGCGUUCCUCCACUCAGCUCCUGCCACUCACUCUGGCCCAGCCCUCCUCCAGCCUUCCUGAACCUGAGGACCCUAGCCUACAACAAUGCCAGCUAGACACACCUGAAAGGCCAGCUAUCCCUGGGAAGCUGAAGACACCUUCACCCGCAUAACCCACAAGAAAGUCUCUAGACUUUUCUUUCUGAGCAGCUGGCCUUCCUGUACCAGAGAGGAAGCCACUGCCAGGAGAGACCUCUGGAGGUGCCGUCCCUGAUCUGACUCACUGAGAUUUCCCUAGCAGAAGUGAGGAAGAGGGCCAGGUAUCCUUCCAUUCCGCCUCAGUUGCCCAAUAAGGCCUACUUCUUGGAGCAGCUCAGCUCCGAGCAUUGGGAACACAUCAACUCUGGCUUACCCUGAGGCCGAGGGCACCUGGUUUAGAAAUCACAGAGUGAGCAAAAAGGCACCAGAUGUUUGUAGCAAGGAAGGGCGUGGGAGGCCCCGGCAGGCUGUGGCCAGGUGAGAAGGAUCCCAAGCAAAAUAGCUUUAGGCCUUGCCAGCUUGCCUCAUGGCUUUUAUUUCUCCUCCCCACUGUCCCCCCCCCCAAAUUACUAACCACACCUCACCUCAGAGCUCCGGCUUCCAGCCUAGAACAGCAUGUUGCCAAGUUUACUGUAUAUACAAAUCAGAGAGUCCUGUGAACAGUCCCUGGAAGACAUAUGUCUAACCCACUCCCGGGGGUGGUCCAGGACAUGGGUUUGAGCAUAGAACUAGACUAAAGCACCCAAGAGUGGUAAAUUAGAAAUAUCUAACUCUCUUGGCUCCCUGGUGGCCUGGAGGUUCCCACUGCCUCCUCUGAAGCCCCCCAAGUCCUUCAUUCACACACACACACACACACACACACACACACACACGAACCCUUGACCCGGUCAGGAGAUUAUAACAGCCAAUCUUUAUUUUUUACUGGUAUAAAAACACUAUCAUACAAUUCUAGCCAAAAAGAAGGGGAAAAGAACCUUAGCUUUCCACAGCUUUUUGGAAAGCAACUAUACGAUUUCCUCUGGAAAAAAUAAUAUGGUAGUUUGAAGACUCCAAUGCCAUGGUGAUGGAAUGGACUCUUAGGUCAAUAUUGCCAGCACUGUUACCUGAGACCCCUCCUUCUCUCCCCCAGUCUGGGUCUUUCCCACCCAUCCUUCUCAACAGCCCCUUCAUCCACAACACCCAAAUACUUGAAUCUUUUGCUCCUAUGCCAUUUUUGAAGAUCUAUAGAGCAAGCCAGACCUGAAUCCUUUCCCCUGAAGAAUGAAAUCCAUGACUAGCUUUUAAGCCUUUCUCAGGUGGGAACAGCACUGCCAGACAAGCAGAGGUUCUCACUCCUCAGAUGGCAGAUUUCCCUGCUGGGGCGCCAGUGGCUCUGCCUCCAGGAAAUGAUGGUGGGAAGGCCAGCAAGAUCUGAUAGUGAAUGGAGAUUCUGUUUCUUCCUUAUGGAUGGUGCCUGCAUAAAUGUGUAAAGAGACUCUCUCUCUCUCUCUCUCUCUCUCUCUCUCUCUCUCUCUCGCUCGCGCCCCG